AUGUCUGUGUAUGAAGUAUUGGAAUCCUUUAAUUUUCCAAAGGGCAUUCUACCUGCAAAUGCCAAAGGAUAUGUCUUACAUCCAAAUGGUAGUUUCCAGGCUUUUCUGGAUGGAGUAUGCAACAUGAAGGUUGAAGGGCUAGGGUACCAGAUCAGGUAUGAGAAGAAAAUCAUGGGGAAUAUUAGUGCAGGAUCAUUGAGGAAUUUAAAGGGUGUGAGGGUCAAAGUGUCAUUUCUGUGGUUGCCUGUAUCUGCAGUAAAAGUGAGCGAUGGGAAGUUGACAUUCUAUGUUGGACCCUUCUCUCUUACCUUUGAUGCUUCAAGUUUUGAUGAGAUCCCAGAAUGUGAAUAG